AGUGGCGCUUAACGUUACAUCGGUUCGCAAGAGAGACCCGUGUGCGGUGAUUGACGCUCUUUUGCAAUUGGAAUAUACGGAGCGCGCUACUCAAGACAAACAUUCCAGACUCGGAUUAUACUGACCCUUAACCAUGGCUGUGACAGAGGCUAGGUGUGACUUGACUUACUGCAAAAUGCGUGGAGUUAUGGCAAUUCUAACUGCCUUUAUCAAGGAGAGGAAGAUGGGCUUGAACGACUUCAUCCAGAAGCUGGUGGCUAGUCCACAUAUUUGCCAACAUGCUGUUGUAGAAACAUUCCUGAAGAUGGAUGAAAAUCAGAAUGAAGCAAGGCGAGGUUCCCAUACACUAUUCUAUGGACCCAGGAGCUCUCUUGCAGAGGAGAAUCAGGUCAAGCCGUGUGACUUUGACUACCUGAAGAUCAUCGGCAAAGGGAGCUUUGGGAAGGUGCUCCUGGCUCGCCACAAGGAGACGGCCCAGUACUAUGCCGUCAAGGUGCUUCAGAAGAAGAUCAUCUUGAAGAAGAAAGAGCAAAAGCAUAUCAUGGCGGAGAGGAGUGUCCUGAUGAAGAACGUCAAGCAUCCCUUCCUCGUAGGACUACACUACUCUUUCCAGACCACAGACAAGCUCUACUUUGUCCUGGACUAUGUAAAUGGAGGCGAGUUGUUCUACCACCUCCAGCGUGAGAGAGUGUUCCUGGAGCCCCGUGCUCGCUUCUACGCCGCCGAGAUCGCCAGCGCCCUCGGCUACCUCCAUUCCCUACACAUUGUUUACAGAGAUCUCAAGCCUGAGAACAUCCUUUUGGACUCCCAGGGCCACAUCGUCCUGACUGACUUUGGCCUUUGCAAGGAAGGGCUGGAGGCAGACGCAACGACCAGCACUUUUUGCGGAACUCCUGAGUACCUUGCUCCAGAGGUUCUUCAGAAACAAGCAUAUGACCGCACAGUGGACUGGUGGUGCCUUGGCUCCGUCCUCUACGAGAUGCUGUAUGGGCUGCCUCCAUUUUACAGUCGUAAUACUGCCGAGAUGUACAACAAUAUCCUGAACAAGCCCUUGGUGCUGAAGCCCAAUGUGUCCAACGCUGGGCGAGAGCUCUUGGAGGGACUGCUGCAGAAGGACCGCACCAAGAGGCUGGGAGUUACGGACGACUUUAUGGAGCUGAAGGUCCACUCCUUCUUCUCACCAAUCAACUGGGACGACCUCAUGGCACGGAAGAUAACGCCUCCUUUUGUGCCCUCAGUGAGUGGCCCAACGGACCUGCGCCACUUCGACCCCGAGUUCACCCACAUGCCCGUGUCCUCAUCCCUGGCCAACACUGACAGCUUGCACAUCACCGGCAGCAUGAAGGAGGCCGCGGGAGCUUUCCCAGGCUUCUCCUAUGGGCCCACCAACACCUUCAUGUAGGCCCAGAACACCCAGCUGCAAAACCCAGGGUGACCUCUUGAACCUUGACCCUGUGAACUCUGACCCAACCUCUCUGUCAUCACAUCACCCCCUCUGUCCUCAAGAGAACUCUUAUGUGUAAGGGUGCAUGGACUGGAGAUCCCUCCUCUAAGUGAUCAUGGAGCUGCAAUAAGUCUCCUGACCCAAUCCCUGAGCAAAAGUGGUCAGAGGCCCCCUUGCUCGGUGCAUACAGACUCCCCGAGUCCCUGCCCAAGUGAUCAGAUUUGCACGCCUCCUGAAGUCCUCCUCCUCCAGUAGAGAUCAGACCUUCGGCUCUCCAUCUCUCCAUUCCCACCUGCACUCUCUCUUUGGCAAGAGGACGGAUGUUGGCUGCAGUGACAGCAGCAGUAGCAAGAAAAAGGGCACACAUGGGGCACACAUGGGGCCAUGACAGGGGCAGGAGUUUCCAAUGGCGUCUUUCCAUGACCUUCCCACUGAUGCCUUACUCUCCUAAAGGCAAUAGUUUUAAAAACAUAACCCAACGGGACCAUCCUGUGCCGUAAACAAACAGGCACACCGAAUCUUGCACAAAGACAAGUGGUAAUAAUACUUUGUAAAAAAAAAAAAAAAGCAUGAGGACUACCUUACGUCUUUUUGAAAACCAACAAACAAAAAGAAGAGAGAAAAGUCUAAAUAUUACAUCGCGGAGACAUGCAGUUGAACUGAGUGGAGGAGUGCCAAGUGUGAUAUCACGUGUGGACAUGUGGGGGUGGGGGGCGGCUGUUUACAUUCAGCUUUUCCCGAAAGCGGACUGCUAAAAGUGCCUGAGUGUAACUAGGCAGGAGUGGCUUUGAAAGGAAACAGGAAUUAACUGCAUUCAUUCAACUCUGACUGCCCAGGUUUUAUUUUGUGAUCAAUAGUUGACACUGGUGUCAGCUGUUUGCGAUGUGUUUAUUUGUUGUCAUUUUAGGCUUUGCAAAUGAUCAAGAUUUGUACAUGUUCUUCUUCAAAUAUAUUUUUUCACGUGGCACAAGUUGUUAUGUUGUUACAUAUGCUUUAUUAUUUUUAUGUUGAUGCUUUAUUGCACUCUGGGAGACGAGGGUUAGGACAAGUGCUGCAUUUUGGUCUUAUGCAAUGAGCAGAAAGGUCUUACGUGAACCAGACCAUUGACAUCCUAAAACGCUCAUAUCAUAUCCGCAAGGAAUGGAAUCUCUACUAUAAUUCAAUAAUUAUCUGACCUGCAAUGUUCAUUUAGUCAAUUUAUUGAUCAAUGAUUGAUUUUAAUGUUUUGUAUUGACUAUGUGGUACAUAAAAAAUCCUGCUCUUCCCAGCUGUUUUAGCUUUGAGGAUUCAAAGAGUUGCGCAGUGAAUGGUACUCCCGUUGUAGUUGUUCUCCUAAAACAUUGUCCACCAAAGUCUUGUUUGUCAGGUCAUAAUUGUUCAUGCAUACUCAUAGGGUUUUGUCUGUUUUCAACAGCUGAAUAUUAUAGACCGUGGAAUAUUGUAGUUUUAGUUCUGUUAAACUAUAUCAUGAUAAUUAUAUAUUUUAAAUUCUGACUCGACUACCACGUCAUUGCACUUGUACUGUCCCAUGUUUCUUCCUUUCACCAGCACUUUCACACUACUACUGUCUACGUGUUACCUUAGCGUGUGAAUUGCUUGUGAAACAGGAACAAAAAAAAAGAAACAUUAUCAUCUAUUAGAAAUUGGGAAGUACACUAUAUUUUCUACCAGCAAUAGUAGUAGACUAACCAAAUAGGCUCUGUGUUUUCAUCAAACUUUUCAGUAGCUUUCUGCAAUGGAAACAAACCACUGAUUGUACUGAAACCACUAUACAUCGCUGUAGAAUGACAAAAAAAUGCAGGUGGUUUUGAGAGAACUUUUGAAACGUCUGUGUCUGCUGCAAUGUGUGCCUAAUCAUAGGCUCUAGGACUUAAUCCUACAGUACAUAUGUAUAUAUCUAUUCUUUUAGUUCAUCUGCUGGCUGAUGAGAGAAACCGUAAUGCUAUGCAGCAUAAGGUACUAGAAGAAAGAACAGACACGCUACAUAAUAGAGUGGUAUUAACAACAAUAUCACUAUAUUGAAUGAGUAAAGAUGACCUGAAAUAAUGAUUAUACAUUUCUCUUUGUUUUAUGAUUCAAUUGGCCAAUGUUCAUCAACUUGAUACUCUCUCUAUUCUCUUCAUUGGAAAUGACAAAAAACAAUGGUAAUACUGUUCUAGUUUAUUUUCUUCCAUAUUUGGAAGUUGUUCAAACUUUGUUUUAUAUUAUUUCUUCAUGUAUAUUUAUUUACAUGCCAUCUAUUGUACAUUUUAAAGAUCACUGUAAAUAAUUCCUAUGAAAUGAAAGUCAUACAUUUGAAAUGAGAUCUACGAAAGCAAAAUAAAUUUUUAGGAACAAGAA